AGAUAAACAAAUAUGACACUGUAUAAAUUAAAAACAGCACCAACAGUUCUAAUAGAAGAUGACUAUGACAAAAAUAUAGUGUCGCUGCUUUUGGAAUUGGCAAACUAUGACAAACAUGAAUUGCAUAUGUUGUGUUAUGAAAAGCCUGCCAGCUAUUGGAAAUGUGUUUUCAAAAACAAUAAUGUGAUAUUCCACGAAGAUCCAAACAUAGGACACCUAGAGGGACUUGGGAGUUCAAAAUGUUCGGUGGUAAUUGAUUCCAUAAACCAGAUGUCCCUGUGCUUGGGAUGGACAGACUGCUUAAAGCAUUUAAGAAGGCUCAUGUCCAGUACGAAUGUUGUACAGUUAAUAUUUAUACUACACAAAGACUGCUUAUCUCAUUCAUCCAAGACACAAAGUCAAUUGCAUCACAUAGCAAGUGCCAUAGUUUCAUAUGAUGCAGUAGAUUCAUCUAAAAUAUGGGUACAGUUAAAAAAGAGUGGUAAGAUUGUUAAAUCAGAAGAGAUUCUUACAUAUGACAGCAGGACCUCAACUUUGAAGUCCAAUAUUGUAAUAAAAAAUAGAAAGAAGGAAGAGGAGCCAGCGAAGCCUUUGCCGAGUAGCCUGUCAACGUUCAAGAUAGAAAUGGACCAGACGGAGAAACUGGAGAAGUACAAACUGAAGCUGCCGUACAUGAGUAAGAUACACAGUGGAGAGAGUAAAGUCUACUAUGAGCCCGAUGCUGUAGAUGACUGGGACGAGGAGGAUCCUGAUGAAGAUCUUGAUAUUUAAAUAAAUGUACCAUA